AUGGUGAUAAACAAAUAUUGCCUUAUGUGCUCUAGAGUUGGAAAAAAGGAAACUCCGAAGGACCACAAAUGUUACAAAAAUUUUGAAGGAGCCAUGGAAACCAUGGAAUCAGAAAUAAAAACAGAGGGUUUUAAACAAUCACUCGAUCAAAAAUUACGCGUGUUAAGUCUUUGCCAGAAAGCUACAAGGGGGACCUCUCAGAUAGCAAUUUUGUACCAAUCGUUAAAACACAAGACCAUGCAGGCAUAUAACAUAAAGAAGCACCUACAAGAAGAACAGGACGUAGCAAUAUCCCUUCAACAAAUUAAAGAAACUGUUGAGUACAAGCUUAAACCAUCGGCAAAUAGAUCUUUUGCCAAUAUAGUAAAGAAGGUGCCAAUAAGUAUGUUUGUCCCAAUAACC